CUGCAUCGGUGGCUCUACAUCACCUUGGUACAUGGCUGGCAAUAUGGACUACUCUGAUCCACAAGUAUGGGGAGUGGAUUCUCACCCACCUGGUGGUUACCUUAGUUACUUUCAGAACACGGCAGGCCCCACACAACCUAUGCACAAUGGGAGUUCACCGCAACCAGUCAAUGCUGGCGAUGACACAAAUGGUGGUGAUUGUGGAAGGACCGAAAAACGCUUGCUAUGGACAAAACAAGAAGAUCUUCGAUUGGUCAGUGCUUGGUUGAAUAAUUCCAAUGACCCAAUCCAAUCAAACUACAGGAAGAAUGAACAAUAUUGGAAAGAUGUUACUGCUGUCUACAAUAGUACCACCCCAAAAAACAGGGAACGACUAGUCAAGCAAGUGAAAGAUCGCUUUGGGAGAAUUAAGAAAAGGGUUGCAUGGUUUUGCGCGAGUUAUAAGGAGGCUAGUGCUUUGUAUGCUAGUGGUGAAUCUGAUGCAGAUUUAAAGAAGAGGGCAAUGCAAACUUAUGAGGAAGAUCACAAAAAAGAUGGUCCGUUUAUGUUUGAGCAUUGCUGGGAGAUUCUUAAAAAGGAACCAAAAUGGGACGCGUAUUUGGAACGCCUAGAAGGUCUGGAGCCGGACAAGAGGAAGUUUAGUGUUGAUGAUGAAGUAGGGAAGCAUUCCACUAUAGAUGAUGAUGAUGAUGAGGAUGAACGUCCACCGGGUGGCAAGCAAGCUAAGGAGAAGUAGAAACGAAAAA